AUGAGUAUAUAUGAAGAAGCACUUGCAGAUUAUAAUAAAACAUUAGAAAUAAGUCCUAAUAAUGCAAUUACUUUAUCUAAUCGUGGAAAUACUUAUCGUAAAAAGAGUAGAUAUGAAGAAGCACUUGCAGAUUAUAAUAAAUCUUUAGAAAUAAGACCAAAUAAUGACACUACUCUAAAUAAUCGUGGAUUAACUCCAAAUAAUGCAAUGACUUUAAAGAGUCGUGAAUUAACAUAUAGGAAGUUGGGUAGAUAUGAAGAAUUAUUGUCUGAAAAGUGA